AUGCUUGGGGCCCUGCACCGGCACGGGCGCCAGCUGGCCAUGCCGGCCCGCUCGCAGCCGCCCCUGGCCCGGGCGCUGGCUCGGCUGCCCCUCUAUGAUCCGGCGGCCGUCGGCCAGGAGGGCGAGGAUCGAGCGGAGGCCCUGCACCGGGAGAUUUCCUCCGGCCGCGCGCAGCGGCUGAUUCCCCGGUUCCGAGUGUGCACGCUCAACCGGUCCACCGUGCUGGAUGACGCGCGGUCGCCCUUCUUCCAGGACCCGGCCGGGCUCAUUCGCAAGUACGGGCCUCGCACCCUGCGCGGGGUGUUUGACCGCCGGCAGGCGCGCAACACGGCCAGCUUCAAGACGCACUAUCGCCUUGUGGCGCCCGGGCCGAGUGACAGCACGGCGCCCGGGGGCGCCUCCGAGCAUCCGGCCCUGCCCCCACUGCCGGCGGUGUCCGGCGCGCUGGAGGCCAUGUCCACGCGCCUGCACCGGCGCCGGACCAACCGCUACCUGUCCAUGGCGCCGGCCGUGGCACGGGCCGAGCUGACGGCCGAGCAGGAUGCCUACCUGCGGGCGCUGGCCGAUCGCCAGCCGGGCAAGCCGGUCGACAUGCCGACCCCCAGCCCCGGGACCCUGCCGUCGAAGAAGUUCCUGAAGAACCCCCCGCAGCACUACUACGCCAAGGCGCUGACCCCGGAGCGCACGCGGUACUUCAUCGAGCGGCGUUCCUACUUUGCCUGGAAGUGGGCCGAUCGCGUGACAAGCCCGGCAGUUCGGCUGAACCCCCUCGCCGAGAUCCUGAGCAAGCAGCUCCACACCACGGUCGAGGUGCCGGAAAACAUCCUCUCGCAGGUGGAGGACAAGCUGGUCCGGCGCCUCCUGGAGGACUUCCACACGGUCCUGCUCUCGCGCGGGUCAUGCAUUCGCCUGGAUACGCGCAUGCCGGCCCAUCCGCCGGACGAGGACACCGUGGUCCUGCAGAUGAUGGAGGACGACGAGCGGCCGGUCCUGCAGCUGGACGGGGACUUCCGCGCCCGCGGCGAGCUCGACGACCAGCGCCUCUCGAGCCCGGAGAACCUGGAAAACACGAUGCUGGUGCUGGCCCUGCGGAACCCGUACCACCUGGCGGCGCAGGCGGCCACCGGGGCCGACGGCCAGGUGGCCGACCCGCCCGCCGGGGCCGACCACCCAUCGCCCUCUGCCCACCAGACGACCCGGUCGAAUGCGCGGAGUAUCCUCCAGAUGCGGGGGCUCCACCAGGACGACCUGCCCUUCAGCAUUGGCACCGCGUGCCUGGCGUAUGGCGAGCUGGCCGGCCCGGCCGGAGAGCCGCCGGUCCCGGCCCGGCAUCGUGCCCUGCAUUACCUGGCGGUGCUGGACCAGAAGUAUGCCCAGAAGCAUGGGGUCGGUCGGGGGGUGGCAACCUCCGGCAGGCCGGCGCCCGCCGGGGGGCCGCCAUGCUCGCGGGAGGAUGGGACCACCACGGCCCCCCCGGGGGCCGUGCGCCCCGAGGACCGGCCCGUGCGCCCGCUCGGGCCGACCGACCGAGAGAAGUACAUCCCGCUGGAAAGCCUGCCGGCCGGGUUCAGCCGGGACUUCGAUGUGGCCCUCUCGCUGACGGACUCAUACGAUUGGUGGGAUGGGGCCGAGCGCUUUGAUCACCGGCCGGACUGGCGCCUGUCCGAGGAGGACCGCGCUGCCAGGCCGGAGGGGUGUGACUCGGUGUUCGGCCCGCGGCGGUACCAUGUGGCGCCGCUGGUCACCCUCGGGGCCGAUCUGGCCCGGGUGUUGCUGGCCUCGGCCGAGGCGCGGGACUGGCUGCAGCUAUGCCCCGGCCGGGAGCCGGCCCCGGUGCGGGCCCGGGUGCAGGCCCUCCGGGCGGCCGGCGACACGGCCGCCGCCGACCAUCUCCAGGCUCUGGCGGCCGCCGGUCGGGGGCAUCUCCUCCUGGAGCAUGACCUGACCACGAAGCCGGGCCAGGCGGCCGUGCUGGCCGGAGCCAGGGCCGCCGUCCGGGCAUUGGAGCCGCCCCCGGACAAUCGCCCGAAUUCCGGGCUGAUGUCCCUGCGGCAGGUGGCUGCCCGCGGGCGCCGCGCCGUCGAGGCGGACUCGGAAAUGGCCGCGGCCCUGGCCGCCGGGCCGCCGGUCCUGCUGCUGGCCAUCCAGCGCUCGGCGGCCCGGCAGGCAUCGACCCUGCUGGCGGACCUCUAUGCGCUGAACUCCUUCGAUGUGGCCACCGACAUCAAGCUCCACCAGGCGGCCCUACAGGCCCAGCUCACGUCCAAGUCCAAGCCCUGA